AUGUUGUGCUUUAAUGUAGCCGCGUCAUGGUAUUAUAACAUAGCCAAAGAGUCAUGCGUCAAAGCCACCUGGGCAUGCACAAACUUAAAAAGUGGCCGGCAGGCUUCGCAUGCAUUUCCCACGUUCCUGUCUACUCAGCAGGCGUCCAGACGACCAGGAAGGAGUGACAGGUCAUUUUGGAUUUUUGAUAACGCGCUCCUGACAUUCGUCACAACGGACGGCAGCCAACAGAUUCUCGCGGCGUCUAGAUACUCGCGGUGUCUAGAUACUUGCGGCGCUGUUAUCAAUCGAACAGUCGGCAACGAGAACAACCCUGCACACACAUCGCCGCUCUUCGAGCCGAUCACGCCAAAUUGGCCACCCAGAACCAAGAGCGAUUCCGUAAGGAGUCGCAAGCUCGACUUCGACUAUUAUUAUACACCUAGAGACAUCAUGAUCCAUCUUGAAGAUAGUCUACUCCAACACCAAGCGAACGUGAAGCUCGGUCCUCAUAAUCAGUCGAGUGUAGAAUCCAAGUCUACGAUGCAGUCCGCACCAGCUGGAACCAGAGGUGAAUUGUGCAGAGGCGAUGAUAGUCGUAAAACAGGCAGCGGUGGUGCCACUCACGUCCAACGUAGUGGAUGCGAUAUCAGUACCAAAUUCCAACAAGAAAAGCAGGACGAUGUUGUACGUCCAUCAUGCGAUCGGAACGACCAACUCAUGGAUGCUUGCAUUACCAUCAACAAGGCUAGCGCAAGUGAUAGUGAGCAGGGCCCGGAGUGCAAGCAGGUUCCGAUCGAGCUGUUGGUGGAGACAGCAGGCUAG